UGAAUCAAUAUAUUCAAUCUUCUCUUUUAUAAUACCAAUAAAAAAAAAACUUUGAGAGACUCUUCAAUAUUUCGUGUUUUGUUUUGAAGCUAAAUAAAGUUAGAAUGGAAAUGUUACAGAGAAAAUCGUCGAUAGAGACAGAGCCCAUGACGUUGCACUUCGAUCAAAUAGAACGAGCUCGAGAGGAAGCAAUGUAUGUGAUCAAAACCAAGUCAUUUGAGGAAGCUAUGGAUAUUUUCACAAAGGAGACGCAAGAGAGCUUAAGGGCCCAGGAGAACAGAGGAAGAUGUUCAGACAUGAAGGGUGAUGAUGAUGAAGAUGAACGAUUAAUCUUUCUUAGUCCUCAUGGUUGGGACAUUGCUUCAGCUCCUUUCUAAUUUUGAAACUCUUUUGUUCUCUGUUUUUUGUUUUUUGUUUUUGUAACUUCUUUAUGUAAAUAUCUGAAUACCUAUAGGGUUUUUUGUUUUUGUUUUUGUAUCUCUUUUAUGUAAACAUCUGAAUACUUUAAAGGAUAGAUGUUAACUAAACAGUAUACUUUA